AUGGCAACCGCAGGAACGCUGGCGUCAUCCCAAGUGACUGAGGCCCUUCUCGCACUCGAAGAUGCUCAAGCAAGCAAGAAGGCCCAAGGCUACAACGAAUUGCUCGACACGAUCCUCACGACCUCCACGCCCGACCAACUGCCCAGCAACCUGAUCGCAUUCGUUCAAUCCGUCCUCGGAGAUUCUGUCGGCAUUGUCACAUCACGCCCCCUCCUCGCUUCCUUCGUCAACAAGCUCGCCUCUCUCCCUGAUGCCGACGUCAAGAUCGCAGUGGGCACCGAAGCCAUCGAGGCUCUCGCCCCCAAAGUCGUCUCCUACGAAGAGCAAGACAGCGCCAUCAAAUUGAUGUUAGCCGACAGUCACGAGCAGAACGAUGACUUUACUUCAUCUGCAAAGGUGCUCCAGCAAAUCACAUUGGAUUCAUCCCAACGCCACGUAACCGACGACGACAAGGCAAAGAUCUGGAUCCGCAUCACUCGUUGCUAUCUCGAAGAAGACGAUCCGACAAAUGCUCUCUCCUACCUCAACAGAGUCAAGAAUGUCAUCUACAAUGUCCAAGACCAGCCCACAAAACUUCAAUUCCAACUCUCUCAAGCCCGCAUCUCCGACUCACAGCGUAACUUCCUUGACGCAUCAAACAGCUACCUGAACCUCUCGCUAGAAUCUCUCAUCGACGAAGACGAACGCCUCCAUGCCCUUUCAGCCGCCAUCAUUUGUGCCGUGCUCGCCCCUGCUGGUCCGAAACGCGCACGCCAACUUGCCCGCCUAUACAAGGACGACCGCACACCUCAAUGCGAUGAGUUUUCAAUUCUUGAGAAGAUCUUCCUAGAUCGUGUUCUCUCGCCCGAAGAAGUAAGAGCCUUUGCUGAAAAGCUGCAACCACACCAAAUGGCAAAGACUGCUGAUGGCAGCACUGUGCUUGACAAGGCCGUUCUGGAACACAACUUGCUCGGCGUCUCACGUCUCUACUCCAACAUUCCUGUCACAAAUCUCGGCGCCAUGUUGGGUGUUGAUGCAGACCGUGCUGAAGCUUAUGCCGCACAGAUGAUUGAGCAAGGUCGUCUCUCCGGCUACAUUGACCAGAUCGACGGACUCAUCCACUUUAGCAAUGAGGCGACCAAUGGUGAAGGAUUCAAGUCAGGUGUUCCCAGUAUCGGUACAAGAGAGUUGAGAAUGUGGGAUGCCAACGUCCAGGGAUUGGCUGAAGAGGUGGAACGUGUCACUACAAUGAUUCAAACCACACACCCCGAAUUCUACGAGCUGAAGAUGGGUGCUUGA